AUGCAUAGCUUUCUUGGUUCUGAAAUCAAGGAGUUGCUAGGAGAAAUAGGAAAUCUGAGUCAUUUAAAGUUGUUAGAUCUGUCAGAAUGCUUUGCUCUUCAGCACAUUCCACCUGGUCUACUAUCAAGUUUAUCUACACUAGAAGAGUUGUACAUGGGAAAUGUCUCUGUGAAUUGGGAACCAACGGAUGGCAAUAGAGAUGACUUUACGUCUUCAUAUUCCAAACAUCAAAGCUGGGCACUCUACCAAGACUCCUUGGCGUUUGUAAAGGCGUGCCCUGUUGAGCUUGUCCAACCAUCAUUGUUGAAUCAGGAGAAUGUUCCACAAGGAAUUCAAGGCUUUCUAAACCUAACAUCAAUUGAUGUAUUUGGACGUCAUAAACUAAGAUAUUUAUUCCCACCUACUAUUGCAAAACUACUUGUGGAACUUCAAAGCAUUAAAAUAUGGUGGUGUGACAUGAUCGAAAACAUUGUUCAAAGAGAUGGAGAAGAAGAGGCAGAGGAUAUCAUCUUGUUGCCUAAAAUUACUUCCUUCGAUUUAAGUUCUCUGCCAAAUCUCAUGAGUUUCUGUAUUGAACCUUAUUCUUUUGAAUGGUCAUCCAUGGAGAAGAUCUAUCUGCAUGAGUGUUCCAAAUUCAAAACAUAUGGUAAGCUACAGAAAAUUAAUUGGGAGUUGGAUUCAAUACCCCAAGACCAAGAGCCAUGCCUUGAGUGCAUACCACGUGGAAGGAAUGAUAGUCCAAUGGUUGGGUCAAACCAAGGCACCACCAAGAAAUUCCAAGAAAGCUCAUCUGUGAAUAAAGAGGGUAUUUUGACUAAGGAUCCAAGAGCUAAUGAUAUCGACAACAACUCCAAGACAUAG